CGCCGCCGAGUCGCGCGGAGGCGGAGGCUCGGGUGUGCUCAAGAUUCGGUUCCACCCGUAACCCACCGCCAUGGCCGAGGAAGGCAUUGCUGCUGGAGGUGUAAUGGACGUUAAUACUGCUCUACAAGAGGUGCUGAAGACCGCCCUCAUCCAUGAUGGCCUAGCACGUGGAAUUCGCGAAGCUGCCAAAGCCUUAGACAAGCGCCAAGCCCAUCUUUGUGUGCUUGCAUCCAACUGUGAUGAGCCAAUGUAUGUCAAGUUGGUGGAGGCCCUUUGUGCUGAGCACCAGAUCAACCUAAUUAAGGUCGACGACAACAAGAAACUAGGGGAAUGGGUAGGCCUCUGUAAAAUUGACAGAGAGGGAAAACCCCGUAAAGUGGUUGGUUGCAGUUGUGUGGUGGUGAAGGACUAUGGCAAAGAGUCUCAGGCCAAGGAUGUCAUCGAGGAGUACUUCAAAUGCAAGAAAUAAUCAAAUAAAAAGACUGGCUCCUA